AUGUCGAGUGACCAGAAGCGAUUGCGUGUGAUCAUAGUUGGCGGAUCGGUUGCCGGUCUAACUCUGGCACAUUCAUUGCUGAAAAGCAACAUCGAUUUUGUGGUUUUGGAAUCAAACCGCGAUAUUGCACCCCAGGUGGGUGCUUCGAUAGGAAUUCUUCCUAAUGGGGCUCGGAUCCUCGAUCAACUUGGCUUGUUCGAUGAGAUUCUCGAUGCAACUGAGCCCAUGCAAGAGGCUUUUUCCUGGUCGGGUGCUGGGAAACUCAUUAGUUCAACCAAGGCUCCUCAGAUCCUGCACGAGAGACAUGGAUAUGCUAUCUCGUUUCUCGACCGCCAGAUUUUAUUGGAGAUUCUCUCCAGAAACCUGGAUGCCAGACAAGGUCAGAUUCUGGCGAACAAGAGGGUGACAAGGGUGGAGCAUCUCUCCGACAAAGUGCAGGUUCACUGUAAGGACCAGUCCGUGUUCGAGGGUGACAUCGUCGUGGGAGCCGAUGGUGUGAGAAGUACGAUUCGACAGGAAAUGUGGCGUCACAUGGACUCAGUUGUUCCUGAACAGGCCAAGAAAGAACGUGCGCUGGUGUCGUCCGAGUAUGCAUGUGUAUUCGGAAUUUCCACAGCAACGCCAGGUUUAGAUCCCGGGCAGAGUCACCGCACAUUCGCAGAAGGCUAUUCUACUUUGACUAUAGUAGGAAAAGAAGGCCGAGUGUUCUGGUUCCUUUUCACCAAGAUGGACAAGACCUACACUGCCUCGGAGAUUCCAAGAUUCAACAAUGAAGACAUGGAGAAGCACAUGGAGAAAUAUCUUCACAUCCCUAUCACUGAUACUGUGCCCCUUUCUGCUGUCUAUCAGAAUGAAGUGAGCAAAAACUUUUUGGCACUCGAAGAGGCCUUCUAUACUCACUGGUCCAAUUAUCGAUUUGUUUGCAUCGGCGAUUCUAUCCACAAGAUGACUCCUAACAUGGGCCAAGGAGGCAACAGCGCGAUCGAAAGCGCCGCUUCACUGGCAAAUUAUCUUACCACUUUAACUCAAGGGUCACCGAUCGAAGUAUCGGAUAUCAAGAAUUGCCUGGCGAAAUGGCAAGAAUCACGCCAACCUCGGACUAAAACAGUCUCAAUUUCGGCUAAUGGUCUCACUCGACUUGAAGCCGGUGCAACCCUUAAAGACAAAAUCAUCACACAACAUCUCCUUCCCUAUAUGAAGCAAUACCUCAUUGACAAAGCGUCUAGAUCGAUGAUGGGAGCCGAAAAGCUCGACUCCAUUCCGCUCCCGCCUAGAGCCUCACAAUGCUCCAUGCCCCUCCAUCUUCAGUCAGAUGCUAGCGAUGGCACUUCAUACAUCCAGCGUGCUCUUUGGGCUACGCCUCUUCUUGGUUGCUAUGUUGCAGCAAAUAUCACUAUGGGUAGUGUGAUUGAAAAGACAAUUCCCUUGCUGGGAUCUAUCUUUAGACAAGGUGCCUGGACAGCCAGCAAUGGGGAGACUGUCAGUUUGACCAGGCCUAUAUACCACGUCUCUCUUCUCGACAAGAUCCUCAGUGGUCCCAUUACCUGCUUCCUGCCUUCUAUUAGUGGAUCCGACCCACGAUCUUAUGCGCAAAUGUUUUCUUUCAUGGCUGAUCUCGGGCCUGUCUACGGGAUCUGGCUAUUGGAAAGCUAUCGCAAGGGCUCUUCUGGAUUUGAGGUAUUGCUACCUAUCCUCGCAGGAACCGCAUUUCAACUAAAGGGUAUCGGCAAAUUUGCCCCAUUGUACUAUGCCAUUGAGUAUAUCCGCUCGCCUCUCUCGAGCAUGCUUCACUCCGACAAUAAAAGCAUGAAGAUGACUGCCCUGGCAUCUCUCCUGCCUGCCACUUUAGCCGGUUAUUACCUUCCCACAUUCGCCAACUUCUUCGCCUCCACGCUCGAAUCGCGUCGAUCAUGGAAUGCUGCAUGGCAAUUGUUCCCAGUGGUUGUACCCCUCCUCCAACUUCCUUUCCGUAUUAUGGCCAAACCCCAACCCCCUGCUGCCCCCAAGGAAUCAAAAGAACAACGCCGAAAGAACAUGUUCGCCAUCCGUUGCACGUAUACUACCUUUGCCGCGAUUUCAGGCCUGAGUUUCCUCUAUGCCCGAUUUUUGGCACCCGCAGGUACAUCCUUGGCUAGUAUUUUCUUGCCUGGUCUGCACGGACAUACGGAUGCUGUUGGAUCAUUCUCUCAGGGUAUCGCACGUUUCCUUCAAUAUGAUCAGAUCCUCUCUAUGGCAUCUGGGUUUGUUUGGUUGGGUCUUCGAUUCCGCGAGUUGAAACAAUCGGGCGCCCAGGUUUCAUGGUGGAAGUCUACUUGUGCUGUCUUGGGGGCUACGGUUACGGUUGGUCCUGGGGCGGCUUUUGCUCUUGCUUGGGGAUGGCGAGAAGAGCUUCUUGCUCGCAUGUGA